AUUUUAGUAAUUCAGAAAUUAUCGUUUGCAAUGGAGUCAUAUUUUUUCUCUAAAAAUACUGAUAGUGAAACUGUGGAAAAUUGUUCGAAAUUAUGUCAUUUUCGUGUUGCUUCUCAGUCCGUUCGUGUGCAUUACAAAAAACUAUCGUUCGUUUGACAAAAUUCGCCUGAGAAUAUUGUCGGUUACUAAAUCUCGUCGAUUCGGGAGACAUCUUGUGUUUGUAAAGGCGCAAGUAGCCUGUCUGAAUUUGUCUUUCACGUGAAAAGCAAGCAUUUGUAUCGGCGCUUUAAAAGUCCGUAACCAUGGACGUUUCUUGGGACGCAGAUAACUUCGAGCCCAAACUUCCGACCACGUUGGCGACUUCCAAAUGGGAGGGCGAAGACGAAGAUGAUAAUGUCAAGGAGAGUUGGGAAGAUGAAGAAGAAGAAAAGAAAGAUGAAGAAAAAAAGGAGACAACUCCUGCACCAGCUAAGCCUAAAAAGAAGAUACAAGAUAAAAUAGCUGAAAAAGAGCGUCUGGAACGUGAGAAAGCUGAGCGGCUUGCAGUUGAAAAAGAAGAGGAGUUAACCCCAGAACAGAAGCUUGCUGAGAAGCUUCGUCGACAGAAGUUACAAGAAGAAUCUGAUUUAAGACUUGCCAUGGAGACAUUUGGUGUAACAGAAACUGGUGGUGGCAAGUUAGACAGUUUCCACCCUACAAAUAAGGAAGAAUUCACAGAAUUUGGAGAAUUGCUAUGCAAGAAAAUCAAUUACUACAAAGCGAAAGAAGAGUUCCCAGCUUUUGUUGAUGAUCUUGUUAAAGAUAUUGUAGUUAAUAUGUCAUCUGCUGAUAUAAGAAGAAUAAAAAUGACAAUAGACAAUCUGUAUAUUGAAAAACAAAAGGCAGAGAAAAAUGAUAAGUCAAAGAAACCUAACAAAGGAAAGGGCAAGGCGAAAUUAAAAGUGGAAGGAGACAAUGCCCAUCUAAAUCAAUAUGAUGCAUAUGGGAACUUUGAUGACGACUUUGACGACUUCAUGUGAACAACUAACAACUUUUUGCUCUCUGAGCCCAAUAUUGUUUAACCAUUCUGUUUAAGUAUAGUACAAUAUUUACAAAUUAUUUGUAAGUGUGAAAAUUGCAUAUUUUUUUCCAAAUACAAAAACAUUCUACCACCAAUGCUUAGAGAGCACAUAUUAUAAUUUGAAUUUUAAUUCCGAUAUUUAAAGAGUUUUGUUACAAUUCAUCGGCUCUAAUUUAUCAAACAGGAGUUAAAAUUCAUUUUAUGGGUAGCAACUUUAUUUUGUAAACUCGAGUUUCGUAUAUCUAAUGGUUGCAAUCCGAUGUUAUGUUAUAGAUAAUAAAUUUUUUAUUGUGAUA